AUGAGCGGUUAUUAUGUUGACUACGGUUUUCUCUGUGAUUUCGAUUCUCGAAACAUUUAUCUCUUCGAUUGCCUCAGACGUCGUCUUCAAACAAUUCGUAACACAUAUGAUUCAAGGAAGUUGAUAUUAGGAAAGUGCUAUUCGGCAAAGCAUAUGGUGAUCAAGGAACAUGAUGUUGAAGAGAAAUUUAGAAGAAAUGUAAAAUUCUAUGCUCAUGGAUCCAAUGUCACCGCUGAUACUAUUGCGACAAUGCCAGAGAAUCUUCCAGGGCUUGAGAAGUUUCAAGGAAAAAUUUGGUCGCAGUACCUUGGAUUCCUGAGGGACCCAAAGAAUAAGUUUGCCGAGACAAUGUGUGGUGACGAAUUGGGAUGGGUUAAUGUCAAAUAUGCACCAGAUGGGGAUACGGUUUUCGAGAUAGUAGAUGUAGUCCAGAACUGUACAGUUCAUCUUCCAAAGGAGGAGUUGUUACCAACGCCUUGGUCGCCGGAGUAUACGGAAUGGGUGCCGCCGCAACAUCAUCCAUUCGCGUUCAUUAACCACAAUAAACAUCGGCCACUAAGCUCAAGACAGCGAUUCGUGAGUCAUUCAGUCUGCAUCGAGACUAACAUCUUCAAUCCUGCGUUCAAUUCAAAAAAAGAGGGAUCAUCGGAAAAAUGUGACCAUCUGUUUGCACUGAACCUGGGAAUGGUUCGUACACUGAAGCCAGCAAAGAUUGGUGCAUGGUACCAACACGAGGUGAAUGAAAAACGAAGCGGCAAAAAAGCAAUAAAGGAUUUGGAACAAUAUCAUGCCAUUACUGCGAGCAAGUUGUUCGAAAUCGAGGCACCGAUUCCAACCAAAGUUGUUUAUGGGAAUGUUAAGUUCGAAGUCGAAUUCCCAUUCGACCAUGACGUCUUGGAAAGCUGGGAAAACCGGAGCACCAUCGACUGGUUCCAGAGAACAAAGGGGCUGAAAAAAGAUAGCCAUUUCUGGAAUAAGUAUUUGGGGAAGGUGGAGAUUUAUCCAGAGGAAGCAAUGGAGAUCAUUCAGAUAGUUGAAGAAUAUCGUCUGGAUCUUCUGGAGCCUUUCAGAUCCGAGCCUAUCACAGUUAUCAGUGAAGUGGUCCGUCAUAGAAAUUCCUAUCAAAAUAACAAAACCUAUCCAGAACAUGGAAUUUUCCUAGUGAAAAAUGUAAUUGGAAUCAAAGAUGUAAAGGGGAAAAUUAUCAAUGUUUGA